GCAGUCGUACGAGUUGUAGCACAAUUUCAUCCAUGGCCAUUCUUGGUGCACAGUCGCUUCUUGCAUGCGCGCCGAUUAGGUGUGGAGGAAAUACAGCACCAUGGCCUACUGCAGCGGUAAGCGAUAUGUACUCUAUUUGCGGGCCUUAACUAACAGUUUGAAGAACAUUUGAUGCCUUGUUGUUGCCCAACAGUGACCAGCACGCAAGAACGAUUCGCAAGCUGUUUGUCGAAUUUUCGGAUACACGAUUUGUUGGUAUUGAAGAAAUCAAUGGAGCUGAUGGGCCACGCAGAGAGCCACGAGACAAACGUUGACGAGGCCUUUGCUGGCUGCAGUGAGACGACUGAUGGACCCCAGCGACUGGCUUUGAUGGCUGCCGAUCGGAGCGAUCGUGGCACAUCGGCCGUUGGCUCCUCGCAUCCUUGGCAAGGUGAUCCUGUAGCCAGUUGGGUUGAAGAGAAGCCAUCCAAGCUGCAGACCCUGUUUCAGAUCAGCAUCACUGCUCUGGCCUUUCUCUCCUUUGGCGGCUAUCUGCUGUGCCUCAUAGUGCAGGCGAUCAAAAGCAAAGGUACAACCUACUUCCACCCGGUUGCCACAGCUACCACAACGAAUACAAAUGGCAGCGUGAAGCGUAUAAAGAUCUAUAGGCGCAGUAGACGCCGCCGCAGCAUCCACAAUGCUCAGAUUCACAUUUCGAAUUUGCUCUUUGGUGAUUAUGCGACAUACAAUAACUCCGUGCGUGAUCAAGAAUUGGCCUAUGGU